GGUGGAAAAGGGGAGGGGUCUGGGGGGUGGUCCAGACAGUCGUUCCUUGUGUACCUCACACACUCUGCGCAUCAUUUAAGGGGAGCCCGGCUGUCGCUUUCCUCACCGCCUGGCUGCUUCAUAAUAACACAACCGCAUCAACGCUACGCCAUCACUUUUUCUAUCUUUCUCUCUGCGUCUGACGACAAUUCACCCUUCAACUUAUACCGAGCCGCCCCACCGUUAUAUGGAAAAUACAGGUCUCUUAGGCGCAUUUAUUCUCUCCUACCCGAGAGGAAGCGCACGGAGGAAAAACGUUUGAGGACUAUAGGAAACCAGCCGUGAUUCAUGGACGCACAGCGCAUCAUGGGAACGCUACAACUACCAACAAGAUGUUAUUUGUAGAGUCGCCUGCGCACUGUGCUUUGGAGUCAGAAGAGAUACCCUGAUGCAUCAUUUCUUUUUUGGACCAUCCAAGUCUCGUGCAUGGCUCCUGAAGUGAUGAUGAGAGAUCCUGGCAUGGACCGCUGUGUCUAAAUGAAGUGGUUCAGCCAUGCAAUGUUCCUGGAAGGCAGUGAUUCUGCUGGCCUUGGCCUCCAUUGCCAUCCAGUACACGGCCAUCCGGACACUCACCUCCAAGCCUUUCCAGCUGUGCCCGUUGCCCAGCCCCCAGAACUGUGGUCUGGGGGGCCAGGAGACAGAACCUCCCUUUGAGCGGGGAGCAGCAGGCGGUGGAAGCUGCGAUGACUACCCUUACUUUACCAUCAAUGCCACACGUAAAACACACAUCCUGGUCCUGGCCACCACCCGUAGUGGCUCCUCCUUUGUUGGCCAGCUGCUCAACCAGCACCAGGAUGUAUUCUACCUGUUUGAGCCUCUUUAUCAUGUUCAGACCACACUGAUUCCACGUUUGUCACACAGCCGCAAUGCUGCAGACCGGCGUGUGAUGCUAGGCGCCAGCCGAGACCUCCUGCGUAGCCUGUACGGUUGCGACCUCUAUUUCCUGGAGAGCUAUAUCAAACCCACGCCCACAAACCACACCACAGAUAAAUUGUUCCGUCGUGGUGCCAGCCGAGCGUUGUGCCAGCAACCUGUAUGUGAUGCCUUUGGUCCUGCUGACAUGAAUGUUGAAGAAGGGGACUGUGUUAAGAAAUGUGCGUCUCUGAACAUGACCUUAGCAACGGAGGCAUGCCGCGAGAAACGGCACAUGGCGAUCAAAAUUGUUCGAGUGCCGGAGAUUGGAGAUCUACGCGCGUUGGUGGAAGACCCACGGCUAAAUAUCAAAGUGAUUCAACUCGUCAGAGACCCGCGUGGUAUCCUGUCAUCCCGGAUUGAGACAUUCAGGGAUACGUAUCGUCUGUGGCGUAUUUGGAGGGCCACAGGGCGAAGGCCCUAUAAUCUCGACUUGAGUCAGCUUACAGUUGUCUGUGAAGACUUUCUCAGUUCUGUUUCGACUGGUCUCAACCAUCCCUAUUGGCUGAAAGGGAAAUACAUGUUGGUUCGCUAUGAGGAUUUGGCUAGAAAUCCUCUUCUCAAGACAAAGGAGAUCUAUGACUAUCUAGGGCUGCCUAUGGAUAAAAACGUGGAAGACUGGAUACAUGCAAACACUCGGGGCAGCAAUGAGCCCUCAGCAAAACAUAAGUUUGGUACAGUGAGGGACUCAGCAGCUAACGCAGAGAGUUGGCGUUUGAAACUGUCUUAUGACAUGGUAGAAUACACACAGACUGUUUGUCAAAAAGUACUUCACCAGCUGGGAUACAAGGCUGUGAAAUCAGUAGAGGAACUGAAAAAUAUGUCCCUCUCACUGGUACAGGACAAAACUUUUGUACCUUUUUUGUAACAAAGAUAGUUCAAAUGACUAUUUUUGAUAUAUUUAUAAUUGUUGCCUUAUUAUUUCCUGAAUUUGUUGUUUUUUUUUCUGUACUUUUGUUUCUUCAAAUUUGCACUAAACUUUAAAGAUUUUGAAUGCACCAAGGGGACCAUGGAUGAUUCCCCAAUGUUACAGAACAGCACACUUUAAACAAAGUAAUUAAAUUGUCUCAUUAUUUAGUUUUUCCAUGACUAGAACCAACGCAAGCCGUUGUUUUAAUGAAAGUAAAUUCUUUCCCUUCAAAACAUGAGAUGGGAGGGGUUUUAUCAGACAUGUUUUUUUUUAAGUGUAAUUUGGACCGUACAAGCCCUACUGUGCAAUAAAUAGUGAAUGUCGCAGUCUACCUUUACCACUAUGGCAUUUCUAUCCAUGUGGGAAGAGAAGAGAUGCUUUUGACAAAUCCCAUGCUAGCAAUGAAUAACUGCAGACAAUUAAUAGGCUCUCAAAUUAAAGGGACAGAUUCCCACAUGAGGUCACGAGUGUUCAUCAGAGGAUUUACAACCAUCUGUGAUAGACAAACACACUAAUGAGAUUUAAUGUCAAAAUCUUCAUUACUGUAUUAAGAUAACACUGUAAUAUUUUUCCAGAUGAUUACAGCAUUAAAACCUGGCUGUACACAAUGUGUCCAUGCUUUUUGGAGUAGACUGAAGCUUCCUGAAAAGGAACUGUAUUUGUUUUUGUUUUUUUGUAAAGUUCAUUCAUUGAAAUUGACAAAUGGCCUUUUCUGUCUUCAAUUAAAAAUGUUUAUGCCACAGUACUGUUGCCCAUUGAUAGUAGGACACUAACUCAUUAGUUAAACAGUAAAAGAUUUCCUUGUUUUGAUGUCACCUGAUACGUUGGGAAGGUAUACAAACAGAAAACAUUGCAGAACAAAAAUAGUGCAUGCAUUCUCUCUCAUAUUCCAUAACACAUCUUCUCGUUCACGUUGGAUCGAUGUUAAUCCUCCACAUGAAAGAUGCAUAACUGAGGAAGAUACAGUGUGUCUUUGGAGAACCACUGCAGCACUGCAGAUCCCCAUUUCCCCAGGAUGAGUGGAUAGCUUAUACUGUACAACACAAACACAAAGAAUACCCACAUCAGAUCACAUAUAAAAGAAGCAUUACAGUAAUGACUUUCCAUAAUCUGAGACAAAUCCUCUGAUCAUCAUAGUAGCAGUUGGCUUGCUGUUUCAACAAUGUUGUGGUAAAAGGGUAGAAGGUCAUGGCUUGUAUAUAGUACACCACAGUCAUGUAAAGUAAUGAGUCCUUUUUUUUGUCCUACUUCUUAAAACAAGGCUGGACGCACUGGACAGUUGCCAAUGCACUGGACACAAUAUUGUUUCCUUUUAUUUCUGCGUAGAAACAGGCUUUGUGUUUUUUCAAUCUAAUUCACAUAACAUCUCUGAACCCAAAAUCAAAUUAACAAUAUAAUAAGCUGUUUGAUAUUAAUGGACCCUUGAACCAUUAUUGCUGCAAAAAUAGGUAUCGAUUUGGGACCCCCGACUGGCACAAACGGCAAUGUUCCGGUAAACAUUCCCUCAGUUGCUUUAUAUUUUAUGGCAUGUCUACCAGCUUAUGCAGUGGUUAUUUUGUCUUCCUGUUGUGAAUAAUGCGGGGAUCAUGUCACUGUACAGUAUAUGCACUGUACCGCGUUUCCAAAUCUCUUUCUGUUACUGUAGCAGCUUAAAUUGAAUGUCAGUUUGCAUUAUGUAGCACAGAAACUGUCAAGGAUGUUCAAAACACACAGCUGUACGUAGUAAAUUCAGAGUGAAAACUCAGAGUAAAAACACCUUUUAGAGUG